AUGUUGAAUAUUAAACAAGCUAAAAAAUGGUUUAAUGUAGCAUUGAAAGAUUUGGCAGAACCUAUAAGAGGCAAAUUUAAAAACAAUGAAACUGGUGGAAGGAAUGCCUCCACAUCCACCUUUUGCAAGAAUGCUACAUGGAAUAAUUCAAAAUACAAAGAUCUGAUACUGAAUAGCCAUGGAAAUAACUUGCCAGAUCUUCCACUUACUUUAUAUGAUCCUGUUUUUGCUAAAUUUGUUGAUGACCUUUCAAGUAUUCAAAUUACAGAUGAAGACUGUGAAUCAAUCAAAAAUUUAACGUUCUUAAUGUCAGCUUCAUAUGAAAAUGAAAAUGAACAGGUGAAGUUCGAUAUUGAUGGAAUGAUUGUUAUUGCAUGUGCAUUUUGUGCUCUGAAACAUGGUAUAGAAUCAUUAAGACACUACUAUGACAAGUUAGAGCAAGUAAACAUUGAUAAUUUAGAUCAACCAAGAUGUGCUAGCUAUCCAUAUGUAUGUUCCUUUAAGGGUAUCGUUUCUAAAACAAAAGAAGUAACAGAUAAACUUGCUAGGAUGUUAAAAGAUGGUGUUAUUAAACAGAGUUAUCAUAGCAAAUAUUCUUUUUCAUAUGCUUCACUUCUUCAUAUGCUUCACAAAAAGUUACAUUUUAUGUCAACUUCUUCCUCAACAACAACAUCACUGUCACCAUUUACAAUACAAGUGAUAGAGGUUACUCGAAGAUCGUCAAAUAAUCAACAACAACAACGAGAAGAAGCUGGUUUAGUAGUAAAUAUUAAUUUAGAUGCUUUAAAUGUUUCUAAAAAAAGUCUAAAUCCUUUAAUUGAUAGUACCAAAAAUAAUGGAAUGACCUUAGCGAUAAUGAACGUUUCUAGAACCAUCUGA